GGCAUGACACUCUAGACGUUGACAUCACCAAGGCGCGAGACGAACUACCGACGGUGAGGCUGCACAUACGUCCGCUCAUCAUUAUGUUGCUCCCUCGGCUCGGUUUGUCUGCUAUCGGCGGUAGUCGAGCGCUCGUACCCCUGGUUCCUGCCAAAGGCUGGGCAUCUAAACGUCUGCACGGUUCUAGAGGCUUGCCAUGUUUCCCACUCGCGCGCUACGCCAUUCGCCAUUCGCUCUCGGUUACCUCACAAAGUCGAAACUAUUCACACCAGAAAGACCCCCGUGAACCAAGCCCACAGACGCCAGAAGCUAUCGACCCAGCCGCAACUGUCUCAGCACCGAGGCCGAGUCUGUCCAAGACACUACACGAGGACAUCUACACUAUUCCGAACCUUCUGACGCUAUCACGUCUCGCCGCCGCGCCCUUUGUCGGGUAUUUUAUUCUGCAGGACAACCAUGCGUGGGCACUCGGUCUUCUCGCCUACUCCGGAGUAACUGACCUGCUCGAUGGUUGGAUUGCACGCCGCUGGAACCUUACCACAGUCGUGGGCACCAUCAUCGACCCACUGGCAGACAAGACUCUCAUGGCAAUAUUGACUGUUUCACUGGCCGUGCAAGGCUCGCUUCCAGUCUGGCUUGCCGUUAUCAUCCUAGGCCGUGAUGUCGGCCUAGCUAUUGCAGCCAUAUAUUAUCGCUGGGUCUCUUUACCGCCUCCGAAAACAUUCACCCGGUACUGGGACUUCUCGCUGCCCUCGGCCGAAGUACACCCCACUGCGAUCAGCAAGUACAACACGUUCUUGCAGCUGGCUUUGAUCGGUCUCACAACAGCGGCUCCUGUCAUUGCCCAUGACAUCUCGGUGCCCUUGACUGCUAUGCAGUAUAUCGUUGCCACUACCACGAUUUGGAGUGGCGCAAGCUACAUAUACACCAAAGAUGCAGUCAAAAUAUUGAACGCGCCCAAGCCGUGAACACGGCAGCUGCCAGAUCCAAGCCCCCGCUUGCUUUCUCGGCCUCAGGCAGGUCAUUAGAAUGUCUGAAGAAUAUUUCUCGGGUUCUUUAAUACGCUUGCAAGCCGAGUCAUUUGGCUCGAGGAUACAUCGUGUCCAACAAGAGCGCAGACACCAGCAUGGUCUAAUAAUACAAGCUGCGCCUGUCGAUUGAUGCUGCGCAUCUCUAGCAGGAGACUGCAAGGCCCAGCCUCAAGGCGUGCCUGACGGCUAAAUGUACAGUAAUGUUAUAACAAAAAGCAAGAGUGACAAUGACAAGGCACCCUGCUGGCCUCAGAGACUGCGGUGCAGCCAUCCUCCUCGGUCCUGUGAAAACAAUGGUGUGCUUCUGCAGUGUCGUCGGGCAGACAAGUGGCAUUCAAGCAUUCAAGGCAGACAUGGGUCUUCUCCUGCAGCUCCGCCCUGGCUUUGUGCCAACAUAAAUCCUUGGUCCGAUGUCGAGGUCGACCUGGCUUUACUUUGACGCUGGAUGAAGCUUAGAAGGCGGAUACAGCCUGAGGGCGUGAUGCCCUCGAGCCGUCGAGCUUGGGCGAGGGUUUCUGGUCUUGUCGUCUUGAGAAUCUGCUUUUCAUGCAUGGCAAGCCCGGCGACCUUGUCGUAAUCAAGAUUUGCUGGGAGGCGCAGUGAUUCGUCCCUUGUAAAGUUCCGUCGCUCUGACGUCUGCCUUGCAAUCAUCGGGGCGUAUAAAGCCUCGAUUGCAACCCGGGAUUUGAUUCGCUCAGGGAAACGCUGCACAACUGGCAGCACAGUCGCUAUCUCAUCCAUGGUGACGUUGGGUAGCCGUAGCAUCUCGCAGGCGUCACGACGCUGGCUAUUUUCCUUCACCUGGAAGCCGUGUCUCAUCCACUCUUGUGGUGACUUGACCGCAGACUCCAGGAGAGAGUAGAGUUCAUCCACCUGCAUCUUUUCGUCUGAGAAUGCCCUCCAUCUGGCGUCCGAUACGACGCCCC